AUGGAGAUCGUGAGGGAGCGUGCAAGUGAUAAUCUCCGUGAGAAUCACAAUCAAUUUGUGGUUUGCCUACGGAUCAACCCGCUUCUGUUCCAGCAUACUGGUAUAGGCGAGGUCGGCAUCAAGUUCAAGUCCCGCCUGUGGGCAGAGAAGGGCUUUGUCACCAAUGUCCGAUCUCGUGGACCGACCAAUCACCAUCCGUAG